AUUCAAUAUCACAUGUGUGUGGCGAUGGUCAUGUUUUCAAUGUUUUCAUCAAUUCUUGGUCCACAAACAGAUCGAAAUUCUUCAAUUUGACCUUGUCUCGAACAUGUUUGCCCGAAGAUUAAAUAUUCUGUUGAUAAUAUCUCAACAACGACAGCAAUUAUUGACAAGAUCAACAGCUUCAUUAUCUAGGACCAAUCAAUCAUCACUCACAUUACAGUGGAAAUGUAGCAAUUGGAAAAAUCUUGAAUUAACAACAUCAUCCAAACGAACCAUACAAACAUCAUCAACACUAUCCGCAAAAGACUAUUACAAAAUACUGGGGGUCGAUAAAAGUGCAUCGGCUAAAGAGAUUAAAAAAGCUUAUUACGAGUUGGCCAAGAAAUAUCACCCAGAUACGAAUAAAAAUGAUCCCAAUUCCAGUAAGAAAUUCCAAGAAGUUUCCGAAGCCUACCAAGUACUAUCCGACGAUGGAAAACGUAAACAGUAUGAUGACUUCCAGAAAUACGGUGGUGCUGGAGAUUUCAAUUCGACGGCUGGCAGCGGUGGCCCUGGCAGUGGAUUCUCCGGUUGGCAAGGCUUCUCAUCAGGUUUCAGCAGUGAAGACAUUUUCCGACAGGUUUUCGAAGAAAUGAGAAAUUUCGCUGGAGGCGGUGCUAGUGGUGCUGGUGGUGGAUUUGCCGAUGAAUAUGGAUUCAGUACGCCCUUACAAAUGGACAUGAGCCUGGGUUUCACCGAAGCUGCCAAAGGUGCCCAAAAAGAAGUUCAUAUCGAUGUUAUGGAUACCUGUCCUAAAUGUCAUGGAUCCAAAUCCCAAGGUGAUGAGAAACCAGUAAAAUGUCCAUACUGUCAAGGUACCGGCAUGGAAACUGUAUCGAAUGGUCCGUUUAUAAUGCGCACGACAUGUCGCAAAUGUCAUGGCACACGUGUUCUGAUCAAAAAUCCUUGUCGAGAAUGUCAUGGUGAAGGCAUCACCAAACAACGGAAAAAAAUUCAGAUCAAUGUCCCGCCAGGCGUAGAUGAUGGCCAAAGCAUUCGAAUGAAAGUGGGCAACAAAGAACUGUACAUUACGUUUCGUGUGUCACGUUCGAAUCAAUUUCGUCGUGAUGGCGCCGACAUACAUUCCGAUGUCGAAGUGAAUGUAUUUCAGGCCAUUCUUGGCGGUUCGAUACCGAUUCAAGGGUUAUAUGAAAAUUUAACGCUCAAAAUUCCACCCGGUACAACAUCGCAUACACGAAUUCGUCUGCCGGAGAAAGGAAUCACGCGUGUCAAUAGCUACGGCAAAGGUGAUCAUUAUGUUCAUGUCAAAAUCAAUCUGCCUACAAACAUUAAUAAAAAACAAAAAGCAUUAUGGUUGGUGCUGGCCGAAAUGGAUGAUUCAUUAUUGCGUGGAAUCAUCAACGGCAUCGUUCAAACCCGAAGCGGUCGUGUUGUUGAAGGUGAUGCCGAAUUCGAAGAAUACGUCAACAUUAUCAAACAAGCGCUAGAAGAAAUCGAUGAAGCCAAGGACAAAAAUUCUGAUCGUAAUUCAUGAAAAAUGAUGCCAAAGCAAUGAGAUUGUUCGAUUUGUAAAUAUCAAUUAUACAAACACCCCAACUCCAACAAACA